GUAGUAGAAGAAGAAGCCUUGCCUGUCAGGUUACAAACAGGAAGAAAACAUCCAGUUGUUGUCCGAGCCAGGGACUGGGGUAGUAUCUUGCGUUCGAGUGGCUCCGGAAUGAGGCGACUUUGAGGGUUGGAAACCAGCCGAGGUGUUACCAUGGUGUGUCCGAAGUAGUGACAGAACCGACUGAUAGCACGGGAAUUCAGUGCUGCUCCACUUUCCUCCGGGUACGACUGUUGAAACGAGGUGUGAAUGAGUGACGUGGUGCCUCCCACAGCUCUCAGUGAAGUCCAGCUCCGCUUCCUUUGUCACGAUGACAUAGAGAAUGUCAAACUGCUGUGUGGUGAUUGGUUCCCCAUCGAGUACCCAGACUCAUGGUAUCAAGAUAUCACCUCCAACAAGAAGUUCUUCUCCCUCGCUGCCACCUUCAGAGGAAACAUCGUGGGAAUGAUCGUGGCCGAGAUCAAAAGCCGGACCAAAGUACACAAGGAGGAUGGAGACAUCCUGGCUUCCAGUUUUCCUGUGGACACACAGGUCGCCUACAUCCUCAGCCUGGGAGUGGUCAAAGAGUUCAGGAAACACGGCAUAGGCUCCCUACUGCUGGACAGUUUGAAGGAGCACAUCUCGACGACCGCUCAGGACCACUGCAAGGCCAUCUACCUGCACGUCCUCACCACCAACAACACUGCCAUCCACUUCUAUGAGAACAGGGACUUCAGGCAGCACCACUACCUUCCCUACUACUACUCCAUACGCGGCGUCCUCAAAGACGGAUUCACAUAUGUGCUCUACAUUAACGGCGGUCAUCCACCCUGGACAAUAUUUGACUACAUCCAGCACAUCGGCUCCACCCUGGCCAGCCUGAGCCCCUGCUCCAUCCCACAGAGGCUGUACCGCCAGGCCCAGUCGCUGCUGCGCUCUCUGCUCCCCUGGUCCAACAUUGCCUCCAAAACCGGCAUACAGUACAGCAGAACCAUGUGACGUGGGACAGAGGAGGGCCGUUCACGACGGGAGCCGCACCUGCGCCGUCUUUGUCAUCGUCUCGCCCUUUUUAUCUGUUUUCUGUUUUUUUAGGAGCUCGGCCGUCCUCGCCAGUCUUCCCCCUCCGCUGUACAGACCAAGUUCAACCACAUUCUCAAUCUCUUCCGGCUUCCCUCUUCCUGCGUGCAUGACAACGGACUCAGGUUAAGCAUCCCCUCGUUCCCGCGCCAGAUCCUUGCCUUGUCCAUUCAAAACAUGUUUGGCGCCGAGCCUGCAGAUUCACCGGGUCGUAUUGAUACAGUAGUUCCAGGUGAUUUUAGAGGUAUUCGCUUCCGAGGUAUUCUUCUUCCCGUUACUUGGAUGUAGUCAUGAACCACUCAGGUUACCCUGCCUGUAACCUGUGUUUACCCCGUCACUCCACAGCUGAGCCAAUCCAGAUUGACUUUGAGGGCAGACAGCGGAGCUAAAGGUCAGAUAAUGACACGCAGAGGUCAGGAGAGGUCGUACCGUGAGACUGAAAUGAUGGCGCGCACACACCAGGAACCACAGAGAGAGACUGAAGUUUUAUGUCUCUUUUCAUCUUGUCAACUACUGUCAGAUACUAUGUAUUCUAUUUGUAUAUAUUAUAUUUAGCUAAUAUAUGAAUUUAUCUUAAUAUGUAUGUUGAUUCUAUUGUAUGUCGUUAUUUGGGCUGAGUUUGACGAUGACACAUUCUUGUCCUGUUUUUCCUGGGGUUUUUUUUUUAAGUCUGGAUUUAAGUCUCAAUCAUUCACAGUUUUGUAAAAUUGACACUUAAAAGCAAAUUUUAUUGAUGAGAUUAUCGUAAUGUGAUUGAAAUAAAUUUGAUUCGACGAAAGUAGCUUUUUGAAACCAUUUAAGUUUUCUAGGGGUGCACCGAUUGCAGUUUUCUGGCCGAUCCAUGAUGGGCAAUAUUUUAAAAAUAAUCUGACCUGCCCAUUCUUAUUUUGGCCGAUCCAGAUUGGUUUUUGUCUGAAAUGUUGCUAAAUAUUGCAACAUUUUUAGGCCUUUUGAAGAGGUAUACAAGAUCGGCUUCGCAUGUAAGUAUCGGCCGAUCUCCCAAAAUUAAGGAAAUCGGUGCGCUCCUAAAAUUUUUCCCUGCAAACACUCAUUGAAAUGAGUCUUUUAUUAGAAUACGGUAACACUGUAGUUGAGUUCAUUAUGACCCAAAGUGGGUCCUGGAGGGCCGGCCUCCCGCAUGUUUUAGUUCUCUCCCUGGUUUAACGCACCUGGAUCCAAUCAUGGCUCGUUAGAAGGCGUAAGGAGAACAUUGACAUGGUGAACAGGUUGUUGUUGCCAGCAGGGAGAGAACUAAAACAUUCAGGAUGCCGCCCCUUUGGGCCCUCUUUAGGCCCCCUUUCGGCCCCCCUGUUCUAUUGCUAUACAUUCUGACCACUGAACGAUAACGCAGAGCUGUUUAAAGAAACGCUCUCAACCUUAAAAUCGUCCAAACACAGUCCUUCUUUUAGAAAUUUUAAAAGCUCACUGAGUGCUGUCUUGUUUUUUUAUUAUUAUUAUUAUUAUUAUUAUUAUUUUUAUUUGCCUCUUUAUUGCUGCUAAUAUGAAGAAAUUUCCAAAUGUGAAAAAAUUUCUGUCUGUGCAGAUUUUUAAAAAAGAAAAGAAAAAGAAAACGUCCCGGUUUAGAUUUUUAUGUCAGCCUGUGAAAGAGAUUAGAAAAUACACCCACUUUCUGUUCCUGCACACGUGCAGCAGGUUUGUGUUUUUGUGUGUUUAUUUAUCAGCACCGGCUGUUUUUUUUAUGUUUCGUUCCAUUUGAAUCAGAAGUAAGAAUUCGGAAUGACGUCAAAAAAAUCCAAAAACACAAAGGAUUAGUCUGUAGGAUCUCACUUUAGUUAAUAUGUUACUCACAGCAGAUAACUCCAAUCUCAAAAUGUCAAAAAUAAUUUAUGUGAGAGAUGUCUUAUGAAUCUUUAAUUUGUUACCACUGGGCGAUUAUUUAGCCAGAAGCCAAUGAUUACACACAGGAAAUUGAGGCAGCGCGCCUCCAAUGAUCUUCCUGCUUGAAACGCACACUGUGAAUGAUUAUUUGUUGUGUUUAUUGAUCAAACUGUUUAUCCCGCUGCAGCAUACUCAUUAACAGAGAGAGAUAAACUCCUAUUAGUCCAAAUGUGGCUCUCACUACUGCAGUCGCCACAUUUUAUGCGUUAGCUGGCAAAUCAAGUUUUGAGGUUUGGUUCAGUGAGAAAUUUUUACCCUCCAAAUUUCUGUCUCUAUUUUCACAGGGUUUUUUUAAAUUUUUUUUUUAUUAAUAUUGUUUUUUCAAUCUCGACUCGCGGGUUCAAAUGGAGCACAUGUAAGUGCCAAAUGCUAACAGUGACUUUGGGAAGCAACGCCGCAGUUUCUCAGUUUUAUUCUGUUCUGCUGGACUUGAGAGGGAUUUUUACACCCUGGAGCUGAUGGAUCAUCCAGUGAGCGAAUAAUCGAUUGUUUUUUUUUUUUAACUUGAUAUAGUACUGAGUUGAGGUAUGGGUGGCAGUGUGCAAAAAUGAAAGUUCUUUGUGGAAAUCUUAACAUUUCUCACUUUCCCUGCCCUGUGGGAGGUGAUGCAAGUUCUUUGCAGACAUUGUUUAUGCAAUAAAUCUGUUUCAUUUCAGUUA